GUGAGGCGCCGACAACAACACGAACUAAUCGCUCGAGCAAAUAUACCUAAAGCUGGUUAGCAUGGAGACUUUCCACGAACAAAUGAUGUUCGGGGAUUCUUUAUCAGUUUUUCUUCCCAAUGAUGCGAAGGAUGUCAGUGAAAUCCGGGAGAUCCCAGACAAUCAAGAAGUGUUUACCCAUUCACAGACGGACCAGAGUGUAAUAUUUGAAAUUUUGGAAUACGUAAAAGAGGACUCACACCAACAUGCAAUGAGAACCCACUUUGAAGAUGGGUGUCUCAGUAAUGAGGUGGGUGAGGACUCAGAGAUUAUUACAAUUGAAGCUGUGCCUGCAGACAGAAUUCAAAUGGAACAUGCAGAAUGCGUGUGGUAUCUUAAGGGCUGCCAGAGAGUUGCUAAAUUCAACGAGGAUGCUAAAAACACAGUGGAGAUCCACAUGGCUUUGUUCAGGCUGCCUCAGUUUGACUCUGAUAUACUUGUCACAUUUAAUAACCCAUUAGAGAUCAGCCCCCUCAGUAGCAGCCAUGCAGCGGUGCCCGUGUCAGCACAGCCUUGGACAUUACAACACUUUCAGUGUAUAGUGGACUCCUUGAAAAUAAUUAACACGGAUAUUUUUGGCUGAUUUUCUGGAUAGUGAAAGCAGUGUUGUGUUUGGUUUUGGUUGAAGAGCAAACUCAGAUGCCUUUGAUGGAUAUACAAGGCUAUACUGAGGAUUCUUGGGAUAUUCGGCAUCUUUUAUCAAUUUUUUUCAUCAAUCUGUGCCAAUGCUCUAACAGUUCCAACAUACAUUGGAUAAGACAUAACUCUAAGGAUUAUUAUGGCUGUAUUUAGAAGGCAAUAUCAUUGGGAAAUGGCACAUCUACAAAAUGAAUAUUUCAAGGGUAUAUCUGACUGUAAAAUCCAUUGGAAGUACUAAAUACAAGAAAAAUCCCAGUGAAAUAUUUUGACUUUGAUAGUACUUUCAGAUUAUUUUUCCAAAUAAGCAUGCAUACUGAAACCGCAAGAGAAAAGCACUUUUUUGACCUCUUAAAAUGACACUUGAUGGACAAGUUAUAAGAAAUAUAUUCUUUAAAGUUUAUCAGUUUUCUCUGAAAAUGAAAUUGAGUAACAAAAGUUGAUGCACAUAUGAAACUGGGAUCCCUGGAUACAAUGACAGUGUCACAGCCAUAUUGAAUUUGGUGGCCAUAUUUGACAAAUAUUUUUAUGGAAAAAUAAUGGGAGAUAGACCACAACAACAUAAUUUCAUUAGUUUAAAAUAAAAACAUAAAAAAUAUUCAUAAAAAGCAAUGUUGCACUUUAUUUUUCAUAUGCACUACAUGUACUUUCAAUAUUUGCAUAAUCCUUAAAAUCUGUUCAUCAUGCAGUAUACACAUUUCAAUGUUACUGAAAUAUGUAAUUUGUCACUGUAAUCUGAUUAUACUAGUCUUUCUUUUCUUUACCAGCAAGUCCAGAGUGCAUCAUGGUAACUAAGUCAAUUCAAUCUUGGUCCUAAACCUGUUAUGCCAGAGUCAUUUGGUCAUUUAAAUAAUAUUGUUCCCAUGAUAUGAAAAAGACUUCAAUUAUGUCCUUGAAAUGUAGCACAGAUUAAAAAAAUAAAACUGGAUAUUAUACACCUUGUAUUAUAAAAUUUUAAUAAAUGUACAUAAGUACAUGAACACAAUUUCAAGUUGUCUUCCUACUUCAACCAGGGCUAAAAAAGCACAUGAAAAAUAUAAAUGACUUGAUAAAAAGACAAUAAGUGGCACUUUGAACAUAAUGUAUGCCAGUUAACUACAAUAAAAAGUACAAAUUUGUGGCUUUUUAUCUUUCAUUUAAAAUCAUAUUCUUGUAAGUGAACUAUCAGAAUACUACUCUGACCAGUAAAAAGAAUAUUUGAGAGAGGAAAAUACAUUGUUAACAUUUAAAACAUUACAUCUGAAAUGCUUUUUCUGUCUGUGAAAAACAUUUAUUUUAGUGUUAUACUUUCUUUGUCUCCAUCCUUCAUGCCAAUUCAAUUCAAUUCAAACAAAUUGAAAAA